CAAACUUUUAUACUCCAAGGUGGAGAUAUCUCUGAUCUCAGAUUAUACUCUUUGUUCGAGUGUGUAAAUAAAUAUCGUGCAGUCAAGAAUGGAUUUUCAGUCUUGACCAAAAACCGGGUUGGUAAAGUUUGUUGUAGUUUCAGUGAUCUUCAUUUUGAACUCUUUUUUUUUUUCAAUAUGCGAACUACGUACUUUACAUUAGUUGUAAUAUUAGCUGUAGCUGUACAAGAACAUGCAUCUCAACAAUUACCAGUAACGCAAGCUUGCUUGGGAUGUAUAUGUGAAGCUAUUUCCAACUGUAAUGUAACUAGCGGUUGUUCUGGUGAGGUUUGUGGACCAUUUCGGAUCACCUGGGCAUAUUGGGCAGAUGCUGGAAAGCCCACCGUGAAAGGAGUAUCACCAGAAGACAAUAAUGCAUAUGGAUCUUGUGCUACUGAUACGUAUUGUUCUGCAUUAGCUGUUCAAGGAUAUAUGAAUAAAUUUCAACAGGAUUGCAAUGGUGAUGGUAAAAUAGACUGUGACGAUUAUGCAAGUAUUCACACGCAUGGUGGAUAUGGCUGCAAAGGAACUAAUCUACCACAACCUUUUGGAAAUCGAUAUUAUCAAUGUAAAGAGAUAGUUGGACGUAGACCAGAGUAAUGUUGGAGUAACCCCAGGAUUGAGAACAGGAAGAUUGAUAGAAACGCAUUUACUACUCUAUGAAUUUUGUUGGAUGAUUAUUGCAACUUAAUGUAAUUCAAUAUGUUUAAGGGCUGUAAUUACAAUUAAAUAAAAAUAACUGACAUCAUAGAAUA